CUGCAGAUGGGUUGUCCUUGUACAGUAUACAGUAUCCACCUGCACUUCAUUAGAGAGCAGCAUUUGUACAUGCCACACCACAAGAUCAUCAUGAUGACAUAGCAGCUUCAGAGAACAGCGUGACUAGGGUUUUUUUGGUUUGGUUUUUUUUGGGGGUUGUUGUUUUUUGUUUUGUUUUUUUUAGCUCUUGUAUCACAGAGGAUCUGGCAACCAGUUACCUCCUGACACCGUUUACAGCAUAUAUUGGUCGAUUCAGUCCUUUAUUGCAUCUGCUCUGGGAAUUAAAGAAAGCAGUUCAAGGCAGUAAGGGACAAGACACAUUUCAAAGAUGCAUCUAAGCUCUCUACCUUUCUUACUGGUAUUGAUCAGUGGCAUUUUCUGCUAUUACGACUAUGAUAUGGGAUAUUAUCCAGACCCAGAUGACCCUUAUGUUCAUUCAAUGAUGGGGCCAUCUACAGCGGUCUGUGCCCCAGAAUGUAAUUGUCCUGAAACCUAUCCAUCUGCAAUGUAUUGUGAUGACCUCAAAUUGAAAAGCAUCCCAGUUGUACCUGCUGGAAUAAAAUACCUUUAUCUCCGAAACAAUAUGAUUGAGGGCAUUGAAGAAAAUACAUUUGACAAUGUAACAGACCUGCAGUGGCUGAUCUUAGAUCACAACCAUUUGGAAAAUUCAAAAAUUAAGGGAAGAGUCUUCUCCAAACUAAAGAGUUUAAAGAAAUUGCAUAUAAAUUAUAACAAUUUGACUGAAGCUGUUGGACCACUUGCCAAUACCAUGGAUGACCUGCAACUUAGUCACAACAAGAUCACAAAAGUCAGCGCCAAUGUACUGGAGGGGCUGGUGAACCUGACUGUCUUUCACCUACAGCAUAACCAGCUGAAAACAGACUCUGUUUCCGGGGCUUUGAAAGGCCUGAAGUCACUUUUAUAUCUUGACUUGAGCUCCAAUCAACUUACAAAGCUACCAAAAGGACUGCCUCCUGCUUUACUCAUGCUGUAUUUUAACAACAACCAGAUCACCAACAUUCCUGAUGAGUACUUCCAAGGUCUUAAGGCCCUGCAAUAUUUACAUCUGUCUCACAAUCGGUUGACAGAUGGUGGAAUACCAGGCAACGUUUUCAAUAUCUCCUCCCUAGUUGAGUUGGAUCUCUCCUAUAACAUGCUGAAGAGCAUUCCAACAGUCAAUGAGAACCUAGAAAACUUCUACCUCCAAGUCAACCAAAUUAACAAGUUCCCACUGAGCAGCUUUUGUAAGGUUGUUGGACCACUAACCUAUUCCAGGGUCAAACAUUUGCGUUUGGAUGGAAAUAAUCUCACUCGAUCUGACCUGCCACAGGAAAUGUACAACUGUCUCCGUGUAGCUGCUGAUAUCUCACUGGAGUGAAGUGCCUCCGAUUUCCUUAUAAGGGUCAUAACUAUACUGCAGAUUUACACCAGCAUAACUCUUUAAAAUUAGGAUGUCUUAACAAAAGUCAACUUGCAUAUUAUCUAUUCUGUUUGUUAAUAUUUAGCAUGAACCUGGUGAUCCUAACAAAACAUGUUUGUGCAUACUUUUACAAGUAGUUUCAAUUGUUUGUUUCUGGAAACACAAAAGGACCCUAUUCAGCCCCCUCCCCACAAAAAAAAUCUGGCUUCCAAGUUGGAGGAAUAUGAUCAUGAUUGUAAAAAUCUAUGUGCAUUCAAACACAUGCACACAAACAUUGGUGUAUGCAGUUUUGCUCAGGUUCUCAUGGAAGUCAGGUGUGUUUUUGGUAGAGUACUGAAUGGUAAUUUAGGGCUGAACUGUGUAUGUACAAUAUUCAUCCUGGUCAACAUUAAUAUUCUAAAUUAUUCACACCUUUGAUAUAUUUUUAGAAAUUGCAAAAGAACAGCAUAAUACAAUUUAGCAAUAUAAAUAUGAUAAAAUUUGUAUGAAAAUAUAUUUUCAGAGCCCAUUUGAAUAUGACAUUAAUGAGACAUGAAAGAUUAUGAAGAAACAAGAACAUUUUUCAGGAUUUUUAAAUUGUUUGUUGUUGUUUUUGUCACUUACCUAUAUACUUUCAUGGAGAGGUUUUUGUCUGCUACCAGUAGAAUUGUUAUUUCUCAGUAAAUCAUAUAUACAAGUAUUUUUAUUCAAUUACUUGCAUGCUACGUUUAACCAGACUGUAGAAAAUAAAACAUAGCAAAUAGCUCUGUUGUGUCCAUAUCAUUGUCAAAUAUGUUGCAGUCUUUUAUAAACUUGAAAAGGAAGUUCAGGUUAAAACUAAAAAUUCUAAGGUAUUAUAUUUUGCUGAAUUUAUUGUAAGGUUAAAUAAACUGUUUUCUGAA